AUGGGUGAACCACAUGCCCCAGACCAGUGGGCUCUGCUGGCUUUUGCAAAUGAAGCAAUGCAAGUCUCGGCGAACCAAACAAGCCAUGCUGCCAGUAAUAACAACUCGGGCUUCGGUUGGUCGAUGAUUCUGAAAGAGCUAUCCGAAGUCGAGACCCCAGUCCCUGGCGGUGUCGACUCACUAGACACGGGCUCUGAAAAGUAUGGGCUGCUCGAAGAGGACAAAUACAAGGACAAAAAGCGAAGUUCGUCACCUGCCAAAUCUGCAUACAUAACUUCCAGCAUCCGCGCGACUAUACGGCACCUGAACGCCGAGGCAGGGGACCUGAGCAUGUUUCGCGGCAUUGGAUCAGCAUCAGCCGCUAUCUUGGUGCUCAUGCCAGUGUAUCUGCUCUCCGAGUUUAUUUCUCAUAGACUGCCAUUGCUCAAGAAGAGCAACCGCGUCGCUGAGGCCUUCUCGCACCAAGUCGUAGAGCUCAUCGUGUGUCAGAUAACCGCAACGCUCCUGCACGUGUGCAUCUCCAAACCUCGCUACAAAUUCUGGUUCCGUCGUAUGCCAAUGACUUGGUUCAAGGUGUUGCGUACAGCUUGGCUCGCUGUACUGGUCAAUGGUAUAUCCGACGACAUUCUUCAAGCGGCAUUCUACUACCUGACACCUGAUUCGAAGUCCAAGCCCGAGAACAUCACAAUUGGCACCAAUACAAGCAACAAACUAUUCCAUCUUAGCGAAGGUCCCGUUGUCAAAAUAAGCGUCUUCCUCAUUCUCUGGGCUUGCAUCAAGUCCAUUUUGCGUUCGCAGAUCAAACCUUUGAUAAGCUUGGUGCUUCUGAGACCAUUCAAAGCAAUCGAAACUCGUGUCUUUGCAUCCAUGCUCCCUGACGAAGAAGAUCCGGUUAUCCCUAUGGAUCGUAGCUUUUCAGGCCGUCCCCAAACUGGUGGCAUCCUGCAGCAACAAACACAACCUCUGGGCUUUAUGGAAGCUGCACGCACCAUCGACAAGAAGACCUUAAUUCGCCUGGUCAAACUCCACGCUGUCUGGGUUGUGUUGAAACUGAUCAGUGGUACACCUGUUGUUCAGGCGGAUCUGGAUCUUGUGCAGGGGAAUGCGACCAGGAGGUUCUUGGACAGCAUGAUUGCUGGUCCCAGUAACUUUACCUCUCCUACCUUCAACAUGACAGUCACAAACAUGACAGCCACAGCUCUUGAUCAGUAG